AUGCGUAAAUAUGAAUAUCGUGGACAACAAUGGCAUGAAGAAUGCUUUUUAUGCGUUGAAUGUAAACAACCAAUUGGUGCGAAAAGUUUUAUUCCACGAGAAAAUCAAGUUGUAUGUGUACCAUGUUAUGAAGCGAAAUAUGCUCAACGUUGUACUAAAUGUUCAGAAGUUAUACGUCGUGGUGGAGUUACAUACAAAGGGAAUCCAUGGCAUAAAGAAUGUUUCACUUGUACUAGUUGUUCUAAACAAUUAGCAGGAUUAAAAUUCACUUCUAAAGAUGAACAACCAUAUUGUGCUGAUUGUUAUGGUGAAUUAUUUGCUAAAAAAUGUACAAAAUGUACCAAACCAAUUACUGGAUUUGGUGGUUGUAAAUUUAUUUCAUUUGAAGAUCGUCAUUGGCAUUCAGAAUGUUUUCUAUGUGGAAAAUGUAAUUGUAAUUUAGUCGGUAGAGGUUUUCUUACCAGUGAUGAUAUGAUUAUGUGUUCUGAAUGUGGUCGUUAA